AUGGAGUACCUGUCAAGAAGAUUAGAGAUGCUCAAGGAAGACAGAAGAUUCAAAUUUCAUCCAAAAUGUUCUAAAAUGAAGCUAACACAUCUGAUUUUUGCAGAUGACUUACUAAUGUUUGGUAAAGCUGAUAUGAGCUCAAUCAUCAGUCUAAACACUUGCUUACAAGAUUUUUGUCAAGUCUCAGGCCUAGAAGCAAACCCCACUAAGUGUGCAGUCUAUCUGUGUGGCGUUGAAGAUAACUUAAAGGCACAAAUAUGCACAUAUUUGAGCUUUUCAGAGGGAACAUUACCAAUGAGAUACCUGGGCUUGCCUUUGACAACAAGAAGGAUAUCACACUUUGAAUGUUCUUCUCUUAUAAACAAAAUUACCAAUCAAUUUCAAAACUGGCAGCAGAAUAGAAGUUUAUCUUAUGCGGGGAGAAUUCAAAUGAUUAAAUCAGUCAUACUGGGGAUACAAACCUUUUGGUUCAGCAAUUAUAUUCUACCGACUAAGAUCCUUGAAAAAAUUGACAGGCUUUGCUCAGCAUUUCUAUGGGGACAGAAAAUCCAUCUAAUAUCCUGGGAUUCAGUCUGUCUGAACAAGAAGAAGGAGGGCUUGGGUCUAUUUUCAGCCAAAGUAUGGAAUCAAGCAUCUGCUGUGAAGCUGCUAUGGAUGAUUCAUCAGAAGAAAGACAUCCUCUGGAUAAAAUGGAUCCAUGGCCAUUAUCUAAAAAAUUCAAAUGUUUGGCAAGUGCAGCAGAGGGUAAAUGACUCUUGGAUGUGGAAACAACUCCUCAAAACUAGAAACAUGAUUUUAGAAAAAUAUGGCAAUGCAGAUGAAGUGCUGAACAUUCUUAACAGCUGCAGUAGCAAUGGUAAACUUCGGCUAUCUUUGGUAUAUAAUAUCUUAACCAAUUCCUCUGCUGCAAUAAACUGGUCUGAAACUACUUGGGGGAGACUAAAUUACCCUAAACAUUCAAUAAUCAUUUGGUUAGCCUUCCAUUCUAGGCUUCUCACACAAGAAAGGUUGUGCAGAUUUAGAAUUCUCAGCACAAAUUGCUGUGUCCUGUGUUCUAGGCAACCUGAAAAUUGCAAGCAUCUGUUUUUUGAAUGUCAAUAUUCGGCUGAAGUGUGGAACAAUGUGAUGGACUGGUUGGGAUACACAUGGAGAUCUUGUACUUGGGUUCAGCUCAGCAGUUGGUAUUCUAGCUGCUUGAAAGGUAAAGGAUUCAAGAAAGAUUUGAAGCGAAUGGCUCUCUCUGUGGCUGUCUACUUUAUCUGGCAGGAGCGGAAUGUUAGGAUUUUCCAGGGGAUUGCAAGAACUCCUGAUACUCUUUUCCGUGCUAUCAAAGUAUCCAUCUUCACCAGAAUUUUGAAUGAUGAUUUUCCUGCACAUAUUAAGGAAAUGAUAGUGAAUUUGUAA